CAUUAUCUCAUUAAGUUUUGUCAAUUAAUUUCAUACACAGAAUGUGUAUGUUUGAUUAUUAAAAAAUAUUUGGAAAGGGAAGGAGCCAGCGAAAAGAUGCUGACAAUGGCACAUGGACAAUUUCAUUUUCACCAUAUAAUAAUAACCAAUUUGUCAUUAUUAUUUUGUAUAACGUUUAAUUGGCAGUAAAAAGACCUUUUAUAAGGAGACAAAAAUGGGUGUAGAGAAGGGUUUGUAGUGAGUAGUGAGUAUAUAAGGUAGGAUGGGGCUUGUGGGAUUAACAAUCAACUCAUCCAUUGUACAAAAAAAAUAUAUAUAUAUAUAUAUUAAGUGAUAAAUGGAUCAGAAUAUGGAAUCAAAGGAGGUUCAUCCCACAUCUAAAUCUAAUGAUGAUCAAACUCAACCUGCUCCAAAAGAAGCUGAUGGCUCAACCAACAAGAAAGGAAAAGCAGUGAAGACGCCGGGCGAGAUUUUGGUUGUCAACUUCAUAACAAAAAAUAAGGAUGAAAGACAUUUGGGCACAGUACCUAAAAUGGAAGCAAUUUGCACGGUGUGUUGUAGCUUCGUUAUGAAAUAUACAGUUGCGUUCAAGACAAAAUGCAAAUGUGAAAUGAGCUUAGUACAUGAAGAAUGCGUCUCAGAAGGUGAAGAAAAGGGAAGUUGUGGUGUUUGUGAUGAUAAAAUAGUGCAAUACAUGCCAGUAAUUCUCUCACUAAAAGGAAAAACAGACCCCCUUGCAGUCAUAGAAAGCGACCCGGAGGCCGCUGAGGAACAGUAUGGCGAAUAUUUGAAGUUGUAAAUGAUGGUCUGCGUUCAAGAGCUUAUUGAGGAUUUAUAUAUGUUCCGAUUGAAUAAUUAAACACCAUUAGCUUCAUUAAUGGAACAUCUCAAAGUUUGCUAUUCAACACAACUUGCCUGUAAUGUCGGUUACUUAUUAAAUUAUUAAAAAACAAAAAGGUUAGGCAAACACAUCCUUCUUCCCUUCUUCCAUCUAUGCAGUUCAAGAACCGAUCACGUAGACUUGAUGUUGGUAUAUGUGUCCUAGAGACAAUCUUUUUGAGGACAUAUAUACAUGAUCACAUUAAUAAUUAUAUUGGAUUAUAAUUAUGGUAUUGUA